AUGGGAAUCGCGCAGCCUGGCGAACUGGCGCCUGUGCCUAGAUUCCGCCAUCUCCCAUUCACUAUUCCCAAUGGAAUCGGUCGGGAUACAUACCUCAAGAUACACAACGUAAUGAACCAUCUUGGGAGAGCAGUCCUUGUUGGUCAGCACCGUCGUCUCAUCCAAGCUCUGAGUUCAGACCUGGGAGUUGACAGUCUUGUAGCUAUGGUAUCGAUUUCAAUGCAAGACAGCGAAGUAUGUUCUGCAUUCAGCGUGUAUUUGACGACGCUGGAGCAAGCAUAUCACUGGCCAAGAGAGAGUACCCUUUCCACGCCUGAGCAACUUGAAGACCACAAGCUUGUCAUCCAAAUGCUACAACAACCAGAGCUCCGAGAUACUCUUGUUGCUUCAGUACACGCCCAGUAUGACCACUCAGCUACGCCGGCCCAAGUGGCUCUAUCAGCUCUCAGCAUCGCCAAACAAAUGAUUGACCAAGCAACUGAGACCCGAAGCAACAAGACAAAACUCCCCACGGAGAUACAAGAUUUGGUAAACCUGUUGUAUCGGACAAGCCGGGGAGACUGGUUCAUCCAAGGCAACUACACAGAUCCUGACAGCCACAAAGAAUUCGGACGAUUACAUGAGGUGAUACGAACAAACGGCACUCAACGCAGUGUGCAGGAAAUCUUCCAACGCUUCAAUGGCAUUUCAUGGCUGCAGCGAAUGCCACUUCUUCACCAGAACUUUGCGUCAAACUCUAGCAUUCUUUGCGCUGCAUAUGCCGAUCUUCAGGUAGCAAUGGCGCUGGCAAGAGACGAGCUCUUUUCUAUGGUGAUUGACGAGCCGAUAUGGGGUCUGACAUUUGCAAAGUUCUCCAAAGGCGUGGGCCUCUGCACCAUCGGCGCAGGCGGUGCGGACUGUCCCAUGUUCCGUAUGAUGGACGCACUCUGUGGGAGGGCAGACAAUAUCAACCAAGCGGCGCUCCUAGAUGAACUUGACUUUAGAUCACGUUUCUUUCCUCCCGGCAUGCGUGCCCUAAUCAACGACCUGGUGACUGCUCCGUCAGUUCGUUCUCACAUCAGUUCCGGGGAAGCAAGCUACGAACUCACGCAAGCCUUCAGAGCUAUGGAACAGAUCCGCUACGACCUCUACGAGAUGCACCGAAAAAAGGCUAUGCGGAUUGCUUUAGCCCUCCGAGCCGGCCAACAGGCUACUUCGUCUGGGGUCCAGAACGCUACCACGCCAGAGAAAUACAUCGCCUCGACAUUGAGUGCUGCUAUCAAGGUUCGAUUCGGUCAAGAACCAGCAAGGCCCCAGGUUGAUGCCUUCGCCUGGUCCACUCCACUGUUAUGCAGCGAUACUGGAGUCAUCCAAACAUCUCGGAUUCAGUUCGUCUUCUCAACUCCACUUGCUGUUAGUCCUGGAGACAGUCUCAGAGUCGCUGUUGAAGUCGAACAAGGGGACUGGCACAUCCGCACCUACUCCAUCACUCACGCAUACGCACGGCAGGGGAGCUCUAAAGCCAGGGAUCAGAUAUGCCAGGCCGUAGGGUCGGCCGAGAUCUGCGUCAGGAGCAAAGGACAAGUGUCGUCCUUUUUAUGCAACCAGAAAACAGGAUUCCCAGUACGAGUCAUGAUCAAGCCGGCACCUCACUUUCGAAUUGCUGGCAAUACCUCGCCUCACGAGGAGACACUAUUUGUCGCUCAGGGCGGUGCUGUCUGUGUCUUCCUGGCAUGGCUUGCAUGGCAGAAGCAAUUGGUUGGAACUUACAGACUUGUUGUCGGUGCUCGGAACUACAACAUGCUGGCUUACGUUGGCCAACUUGAGAAGAUCUCGAGCUCCUUCGGCAGUCAUCUCAUUGUCCACGUUGUACUGUCCAGACCUGGGCACGGAGAUAUACAGAGAUUCGUCCCGGGGAACAUCAAAGCUUCCACUGGCAGGGUGACGCAUCAUCUCGGUCUCUUCUCCUCGUGCAGCACCAAGGCUACGUAUGUUUGUGGCUCUGCAUCAUUCGCUCUUGAUGUGGUACGUUGUCUCUCCCAAGGGCCUGGUACAAAGAGAGAAGUACCCAAAGUAUCGAGACUUCAGCCCAUUGUAACGUCUCGAUUGCCUCAUUUUCGGCUACAUGUUGCUGCUGCCACUGAAAAUGGUACCGAUAAACCUUGUCUGAAUCAAAUUACGAAAUUGGAGCUGGCACUACACAACUCGCCGGGAGAUCUAUGGAUUGCCCUUGGAGAUAGAGUCUUUGACAUCAGCCAAGUCCCAAGCUUCCACCCUGGUGGCGAAAAGGUCUUGAUGUACCGGGCUGGGAGGCAAGCUCAAGAUGUUUUCGACACGGUACAUGAAGGCUGUUACAUGAUCAGCUCAUUAUUAAACGAGAUGGUAAUUGGCCGUCUGGACUCGGCGAGGGGAGAGUUUAGUCAAUGGGAGGACUACCUUGACAAGAUUGUCGAGAUACAGAACGAUUUGACUAAUCACAGUCGAAUAGAACAGGCACCAACUGGCUCCAUUGAGCAACUUGCUGAAUCUCCUCCAGUUGAGAUUUUGAGGGGAGCUACGAACUGUUUUGUCAAAGGCUGGUCAUCUCUUCUUCAGCAAAGCGGUAUUGGUGAUUCUGGAGUUGUUUCUUUGCUUUCAAGUCACCAAGACGCAAUCUCUGCCCUGGAUGCACACGUGCGAAUGGUUUAUGAGAACGAUUUUGAGGAUCCCGUCCGAUACGCUAACGCUUUGCGCAAGAUUUUUGACGCACAUAGUAGGUUAGUAUGUGGAAUUCAUACGGCGAUAGACGAAUUAAAAAGGCAUAUCGUGGAACGGCUAGUGGAGGGGGACGAGCCAGAGUUGACAAGUCUUCAUAUUUCUACAGCAAGGAUCUCGCAACAAUUAAGGGAGACAUCUAAGUCCUAUUAA